CUAUGGAUAGCUACAACCUAGCACCCCGUGUAACUUCUUUGACGGGUUCCUUCUUUUCACGGUGUCAUUUACAUUGAUAAUUUCCCUUAUCCUCCUACUAACUCGUCAAUUGACGUCCUUCAAGCUCUUUCCAUCUCUCUCUCCCUCUCUCUUGUGCGUACAAGAGCGCAAACAUACACGAUGCCUCCUAGACCACGAUUAAAACCUCCGUCCUGCAAUUUCUCACCAGCUCCGCUACAACGACGAUCCCUCGUCAGCCUCGGUCCAAUCGCCAGCGCGCAAGCACGUCGAGCAGAUCCCUUUAACUCCUCCAAUACAAUCAACUCUCCCAGUCGCGCAUACUCAUCCGAAUCCAAGAAAGAAAGUGAGCUAAUACCGUCUGGCCACUGGUACAAUGAGAUAAAGGAGCGGCUAGGAAAAUGCAUCUUGUUCGGCUGCAGCCGGGGGCAGGCGCGGAAGAUAGCGAGUUUGUUGCGCGACGCUACUACAGAAUGGCGCGACUUGAUCGCAGGUUCGGCGGGUUUCCUGACAACCGGGAAUAGUGGAUUCGUGGACCAGAAAGUCGCAUUUGGAGAGACGGCAAGCUGGGGAUAUAUAAAUAACGCCAACUAUCAUCGAUACGUCGAAUCCUCCCGCGUCAAUUGGCUCACGCAUUUCGCAACCAUAGAUCCAAGGAACGGCGAUCAAUGGAGGGAGCUCAUGACUUCCAAGGGGCCAAGUCUCAUCAUGCAAUCCUACCGUGCCAGUUACAAAUUCCCUCUGAAAUACCCAGACACCGUCUCAGCAUUCCAUAAACUCCAAUCCUUACCUACACCCAAAGACAAGAUUAUCUUCAUGAACUGCGUCAUAAUAUCACACAAACAGAGACGCGUCGUGGCGGCCACCAGGGAGACCGCCAUAUUGUUCAACCACAAGAACAAUUCUAAGAUGCAAAUCCCUCCCUUUAUGCUCGACGUCUUUCAGGAAGUAUGGCGCCAGCAAGAGGAGGAAGAGAAGAGGGCUAGGGCGAGGAUAUUUGAACUUAUAGCGAGCAUCCGGAAGUUCGAAAAGCAGAUCUGGGAUAAGGAGGGUGCUGUUGAGGAUAUGGGCGCUUGAGCAGAAGAAUUGAUGGAUCAAGGAGUAGAAGAGGCCAAAGGAUAUACAUAUGUUUAGGGACAGAUAGUAUGUACCAAUGCUCGACUCACGCAUCAGGGGUAAAAUACGAAAGAAAAAAAACACCGAGAAACAAGACCAUUGCCCCUCAGCAUGAGCGAGGACAUAUCCAAAUACCCCAAACACUUUCAAAAUCCCUGGCCUGUCGCUUGGAUCCAAUGGCAUUGGCCACACUGGUGCCGAGAACCUAAAUACCAUUAUCCACAGCUACCCCUUUCUCUAACUCAACUACCAU